AUGCAUAUCAUAUUUGCCUUGUCUAAGCGAGUUUUUCGGAACACUUGUGCAUAUCUAUCUAUCUAUCUGUCUGCCUGUUCCUAUCUAUCUAUCUAUCUAUCUAUCUAUCUCAUUCAGUUUAUCUAUCUAUCUAUCUAUCUAUCUAUCUAUCUAUCUCAUUCAGUUUAUCUAUCUAUCUAUCUAUCUAUCUAUCUAUCUAUCUAUCUAUCUAUCUAUCUAUCUAUCUAUCUCAUUCAGUUUAUCUAUCUAUCUAUCUAUCUAUCUAUCUAUCUAUCUAUCUAUCUAUCUAUCUAUUUCAGUCAAUUCAUGACUUUCUCUCUCGCUCGAUCUAUCUGUAAAAUAUCUAUGUCGCUUCGAUCGAUUUUUCAACGUUUCUUUCUUUCUUUUCCUGUUUUUUUUUUCACUUCUUUCUUUUCUUUUUUCCAUCUUUCUUUUUCCUUCUUGUGUUCUUUUUCUUUUUUCUUCUUUCCUUCUUCCCCACUUUCAUUGUUUUUCUUCUUUCUUUCUUUCUUUCUUUCUUUCUUUCUUUCUUUCUUUCUUUCUUUCUUUCUUACACACACGCACACGGAUUAA